AUGUUGGUGCGCGGUUGCGCUGGGGGCGAGCUUCGGCAUUCACUGGCUGAAAGAACCAAGGCUCUGGCGGCAAAGUACCAUGCACUUUGCUCGCCGGCGCGCGAGGAGUCUCGUAGCGUCGAGCGAAACCGACCAAGACAUCGCAAGUCCCAAACGCGAUGGUACGUCAAGACAGAUUCAAAGUUGCCGCUGAGACUGAGGUUGGUUCAGAGUAUCGAUUCCGGAGGUAUCGGGGGCGACGACCCCGUCGGUGCUCUCGCCAGACUUAACGCC